CGACAAAUGUUGACAGAUUAUUUAUGAUAACCUCUCCAUCGGCUGUUGUUUUGAGAAUAUUGAAAAUUUUGAUAUUUUUCUAUUAAACUUGCAUACAUAGAGAUGGGUGUUACAAGGAAAGUACUCAAUUGGUAUGCCAGACUAGCUCCCGCGCACGGAAAAUCAACUCCACCUUACGAACAUGUAGUUCAAAUUGGAGACCCAAAGUUACGUAAAAUUUCGGAGCCUGUUCCUCUAGAUAAAAUAAAAACCAAUGAAAUACAAACUGUAAUUAAGAAACUAGAAUAUGUUAUAAAUAAGUACGGCAGCCUCGGUAUGUCUGCGCCUCAGAUAGGAGUCAAUCUGAGAAUAUUUGCCAUGAGACACACAGUCAAACAACUAGCAAGUGUUCCGAGAGAAAUAGCUGCUCUGAAGGGUAUGGAACCCGUACCAUUCACUGUGUUCAUAAACCCCAAACUAAAGGUGGUUGACUACCAGAAGGUGACUCACGAUGAAGGAUGUGAGAGUGUGCAAGGAUACACUGCUGAUGUUCCAAGAUACAAAGCAGUUCAAGUUACAGGCUACAAUGCUGAUGGAGUGCAAAACACACAAACAUUCAAGGACUGGGCAGCAAGGAUAGCCCAGCAUGAGAUAGAUCACCUGGACGGUAAGAUCUACACAGACAUCAUGGACCGGAAGACCCUCACCUGCUCCUGUUGGGAAGAAGUCAACUUGGCUAAAGGGAAGCUUGUUAUACCUUUUAGUCCACAGUAAAGUAUUUAUUUAA